CGCUCCCGCAGCCGUGGGGCCGAGGGGGGGGGCGGGCCGGGAGCCCCCCGGGCAGAACCCGCGGCUUCAUCCGGAGGAUGACCGGGAACGUGAAGAGCAAGGAGAGGAUGAAGGAGGGCAAGGAGAAGGACGCGCGCUACACCAACGGGCACCUCUUCACCACCAUCACCGUGUCGGGGAUGACCAUGUGCUUCGCCUGCAACAAGAGCAUCACCGCCAAGGAGGCCCUCAUCUGCCCCACCUGCAAUGUCACCAUCCACAACCGCUGCAAGGACACGCUGCCCAACUGCACCAAGGUGAAGCAGAAGCAGCAGAAGGCGGCGCUGCUGAAGAACAGCACAGCGCUGCAGUCGGUGUCACUGCGCAACAAGACUGCCCCCCGCGAGCGCCCCAACUCGGCCGUUUACCCCUCGGAGAGCUUCCGGCAGUCCCUGCUGGGCCCGCGCCGCGGCCGCCCCUCGCUGUCCCUCUCCAAGAGCGUCUCCACCACCAACAUCGCGGGGACGUUCAAUGACGAAUCGGCGCUGGGGAUUCGCCGCAUUCUGUCCCAGUCCACCGACUCCCUGAACGUCCGGAACCGCACGCUGUCUGUGGAGUCCCUCAUCGACGAAGGCCCCGACGCGGUGGUGCAGCAGCUGCUGGCGGAGCUGGAGGCGGACGAGCGCGACUUCGCGGCCGACUCGUGGAGCCUGGCGGUGGACGGCGCCUUCCUGCAGCUGCAGCGCGCCGACGUCAUGAAGCGGCAGGACGUCAUCUAUGAGCUGAUGCAGACGGAGCUGCACCACGUGCGCACGCUGAAGAUCAUGGGCAGCGUGCUGCGGCGCGCCAUGCUGGAGGAGCUGCAGCUGCAGCCCGGCGCCGUCAACGCCGUCUUCCCCUGCGUGGAUGAGCUGAGCGCCCUGCACCAACGCUUCCUGGCGCAGCUCCUGCAGCGCCGCCGCCUCUCCCUCGUGGGGGGCAGCAGCAAAAACUUCGUCAUCCAGCGCCUGGGGGACGUCCUGGUCAGCCAGUUCUCAGGGCAGAGCGCAGACCAGCUGCGCAAAUGCUACGCCGAGUUCUGCAGCAAACACAGCGCGGCGCUGCGCGAAUACAAGGAGCUGCUGGCGCGGGACAAACGGCUGCAGGCCUUCGUGCGGCGCAUGGCGCGCUCCCCGCUGCUGCGGCGGCACGGCGUCCCGGAGUGCAUCCUGCUGGUCACGCAGCGCAUCACCAAAUACCCGGUGCUCAUCGAGCGCAUCCUGCGCAACUCCCGAGAGGACGAGGCGGAGGCGGCGGAGCUGAGCCGCGCCCUGGCGCUGGUGAAGGACCUCAUCUCCGCCAUCAACGCGGAGGUGCGCGAGUACGAACUGCGCAUGCGCCUGUACGACGUGUACCGCCGCGUGGACGGCCGCGCCAAACUGCAGCUGCGCGCCGACGGCCGGCCCGGAAGCGGAAACGACGCCGGAAGCGGCUGCGCCACCUUCGGGCGGGACGAACUCCUGCGCCGGAAGUUGCUGCACAGCGGCUGCGUCCUGUGGAAAACCGCGGCGGGGCGCUUCAAAGACGUGCUGCUGCUGCUGAUGACGGACGUCAUCGUGUUCCUGCAGGAGAAGGACCAGAAGCUCUCCUUCCCCACCACGGACAAACCGGCGGUGAUUUCUCUGCACGAGCUGCUGGUGAGGGACGUGGCCAACCAGGAGAAGGGGCUUUUCCUGCUCAGCGCCGCCCCCCCCGAGAUGUACGAGCUGCACGCCGCCUCGCGAGACGAGCGCACGCUGUGGAUGCGCCUCAUCCAGCAGGCCGUCAGCCAGUGCCCCAGCCGGCAGGAUUUCCCGCUGGUGGAGACGGAGGUGGAGGCGUCGCUGCGCAAACUGAGGGAGCGGCUGCAGCAGCAGGACCGGCAGAUCGCGGCGCUGCUGGAGGAGAAGCUGGCGCUGUUUGCGGACAUGGAGGCGCUGAGGGGGGGGGGCGACGACCCCACGGCCCCCGGCCCCCCCGCCCUGCUCCACAGCGACCCCAAUGGGGGCAGCAGCACCGCGCUGCUGCUCAGCGCCAUCAGGGAGGGUGGGCGAUGGGGGGAGGCGUUGGUUCGGGAUCGGGAGUGCGGCAACCACAGCAACGGCUGCGUCGGACCCACGGCCACCAAUGGUGACACCGACAGUUUGAAUGGGGCCGUGGAAACGUGUGGGGCGGAUUCAGAUUCCGGACAGCGGGAUGGAAAUGGCAACCAGGUGCUGCCCCGCGCGUCCCAGGAGGAGGUCAAUCAGCGCCUGAAUAACCUCUACAGCCUCCUGCUGGAGCUGCAGGCUCAGGCGGCGCUGCAGGACACGCGCUGGGAGCUGCAGCUGCACGCGGCUCGCGGCUCGGCGCCGCCCCCCCGCAGCCCGCCGCCCCCCGGCGCCGCCCCCCCAACGCCGCCGCCGCCGCCGCCCCCCCGAGGCGCAGCUGUCUUGCUGCAGCGGCAGCACGCGCUGUUGCAGGAGGAGCUGCAGCGCUGCCGGCGGCAGCUGCACGAGCGCGCGCAGGAGGCGGCGGCGCUGCGGGGCCGCCUGAGGGACGCCGAGGGGGCGGCGGGGCGGCGCGGAGGAGCGACGGCAGGGGGCGCUGCGCUGCAAGGAGAGCAGCGUUCCCCCCCCGGCAGCCCCCCCCCCGACGCCGCCGUGCCCCCCUUCCUCCCCCCGCCCCCCCCGGAGCCCCACCAGGACCCCGCGCCCCCCCUGGGGGGGGUGGACGCCAUGCAGGAGCUGCUGGAGCCGUGUGAGCGCUCCCCCCCCGGCAGCCCCCGAGAUUUCCUGCGGAUGCACGACAUCCCCGAGGAGGGGGAGCUGCGCGAGGGGGACGCCUGCGGCUCGGACACUUAGCGCCCAACCUCACCCCCCCCAACCCCCCCCAUGCAGC